AUGGCUCAGGCGUGUGGACUGGGCCUGCUGCUGGCACUGCUACUGCCCUUGGUUGGUGCAUCCAUGCCUGGAUUUGUGGUCAGACUCAACAAGGCCACUCUGAAGUAUGUGACUGAUGUUGGGAAAGUCCCAUUCCAGCGGGUCCUGAAAGUCACGGUCCCGUAUUUCCUAGACCAGAGUCAACAGAGGAUCCAGCCCAUCAGGGUCCAGAUUCUGAACGUCCACGUGCAUAACUUCCAGCUGAACUUUGUUGCUGAUUUUGGGGUCCACUUAUCUGCAGAAGCCAACUUUAAUUUCAGGGUCCUUCGGGUUCCAGAGUCUGUGACGCUGACAAUGCCUGUCAUACUGUCAGCUGAUGUCCAAGUGACCCAGGGACCCAUCCAGACACCCCUGGUCAGCAUCUCUGAUUGCAACUCAACGUUCGGCCCGAUCAGCAUUCUUGAUGGAAGCAACAACACCUCCCCCAAGAUGCUGGUCCACCUGCAGAAUCACAUUGAAACAGUCUUGAACAAUAAGCUGUGCCUGGCCAUCUCCAGCCUGAUGCAGGUCAUCAAUGUCCACUUUGGCACUUUGAUUGGUCUCAAACCCGUGGGUCCCGAGUCCCAGAUUCGCUACACCAUGGUCAACGCGCCCACCAUCACUAAUGACUACAUUUCUCUGGACAUCAAUGCUAUGCUCUUCCUGCUGGGCAAGCCCAUUGUCCUGCCCUUGGAUGCCACCCCCUUCCUGUUGCUCGAACGUGUGGGUGCCAAGGAUGCCAUGACCACCUUGGGCCUCUCUCAGGACUUGUUUGACUCUGCGAUCCUUCUGCUGCAGAAGGCCGGGUCCCUCAACCUGGAAAUCACGGGGAAGCUGCACUCAGUAAACAAUCAGCUGAACACAUCUGUGCUGGGCCAGCUAAUCCCUGAGGUGACCCAUCAGUUCCCCCAGCCCAUGCCUUUGGUGCUUAAGGCGAAGCUGGGUGCCACACCCAUUGCCUCACUAGCGCACAACAAUGCCACACUCCAGCUGCAGCCCCUUAUUGAGGUUCUGGUCGCAGCCUCCAACUCUGACUUCCGGUCCCUCUUCUCCCUGAAUGUGAUGGUGACCUUGAGCCUCCAACUGUCUGUGUCCAAGGUGAAGCUUCAGGGGGCCACAAAGGUGCUGGGGGACAUCGGGCUCACUGUGGCAUCCUCCAAUGUGGGCUCCUUUGAUACACGUAAGGUGCAUGCUCUCGUGAGGAACGUGUUUGAGAAGCCCCUGCUAGACCACCUCAAUGCUCUCUUGGGCUUGGGGAUUUCCCUCCCCAGUGUGGCCAACCUCUACUACCUGGCCCCCAGGGUCCUUGUCCAUGACGGCUAUGCUGUGAUAUCCAGCGAUCUCUUCUACCAGUGCUGA